CCGUAAAGAGAACGGAACGCAGCUAAUCGUGGAUCGUAAUGGUCUUUGCUAGAUUGAGGGAGAAUCGAAUUGGGCCGUCCCGUUCUCUUUGUGUGGAAGACACGAUUGGCACAGAGCAUCACCAAUUAUUGCGAGCCACGAAUAUGGCCUUCCAGAACUUUGUGUGGAAGACACGAUUGGCACAGAGCAUCACCAAUUAUUGCGUGUUCGUGUACAUGGAUGAUAUUCUGGUGUAUUCAAGUUCCUACGAAGGGCACGUGCAGCACAUCGAGUGGACGUUGCAUGCGUUGAGAAAUGCUGGUUUCAAGGUGGCGCUCGAGAAAUGUCAGUUCUUUCUCACCACCAUUUCCUUUCUGGGACACGUGGUGACAGACCAGGAACUCAGACCGGAACCGCAAAAGGUGGCAGCCGUGAGAGACGCGGUUGUGCCCACGACUAUCACUUGCGCCUUUUUGGGUCUGACCUUGUACUACGGAAGGUUUAUCAAGGGCUUCACGACUAUUGCGGGUCCCCUCACGAAUCUGCUGAAAAAGAAUCAACCGGUGAUCUGGACGCUAGAAUUUGAUCAAGCGUUCUCGAAACUCAAAGCAACCCUCAUUUCGGCUCCGGUCCUUAUACGACCGGAUCCUGCGAAGCCUUUUGUCCUCAUCACGGACUGGAAGCCGGAGGCAAUCUCAGCGAUUUUGGCCCAGGUGGGACCCAGCAAACUCGAAUGCGUGGUAGAAUACGCAUCUAAAUUGGUGCCUGCCUGCAAACGCAACUACGCCGCCCCGGCAGGAGAAUGCUAUGCGGCUCUGUGGGGAAUCAGUCACUUUCGAGCCUAUUUGUAUGGGCGGAAGUUCACAUUGGUCACCGAUCCUGAGCCAUUAUUAGCCCUGAAGAAAUCAAAGGAUUACUCGGGCAUGAUCGGACGGUGGGCAACGGUGCUACAGAGUAUGGACUUUGACAUUCGUCAUCGGAAGCACGAGAGGCACGGGAAUGCUGAUGGGUUGACACGACUGCACCGACCCGAAAAGGUCCUCAAGAGUGAGGAGGUGAUUCCGUGGAACGAGCCAAAAGAGAAGAGCGGACCGAGAUACGGACAAGUGGAAAUUCUGUCGAAAAAGUGAGUGACACGUAGCUUCGCUUUGCCCUC